AUGUCGUUUACCAUAACGGUUCGCCAGGGCCCCGCGCGCCUGGCGGCCAAGCUGCCCGAGCUUGGUAAAUCCGCCUUCAGAUCCAGCGCGCCCAUCCGCGCAUUCCAUCAGACGACCAACAAGCCGUCCACCUUCUUCACCCCGAGGACCGCCGCCACCAAGUCGUCGACCAUCUUCCGCUCGACGCCACGCAAUGUCUUCCAGCAGGCGAGGUCGUAUCAGUACCAGUCUGGCGCCGCGCCCGCCGACACCAGCUCCAUCGGCCGCCGCCUGCUCACCGGAGGCGCCAUCUUCGGCGGCACGCUCGUCGCCAUGAACGUCAUCUUCAACCGCGAGACCCGCGAGGACGGCGGGAUGCCCCUGUUUGAGAGGUCGUACCUGAACCAGACCUUCAUGCACACCGGUCUAGGAAUCGGCAUCAUCGGUUUGACCGCGCGACAGAUGGUCAUGUCUGGCUUCGUGUACAGACUCAUGGUCACCAACCCCUGGGUUGUGGCUAUCGGUGGACUUGCCCUAAGUUUCGGUACCAUGAUCGGUACCAGAAUGAUCGACCCUGACAACUACGUUCCCAAGUACGCCCUCUGGACAGCCUUCAACGCUACCCAAGCUGCCUUCAUUGCCCCUCUGAUUGCCUUUGCCCCCGGUGCACUGAUUGCGCGCGCCGGUCUCUAUACUGUCGCCAUGAUGGGCUCCAUCUCCUUUGUUGGUGCGACCGCCAAGCAGGAGAAGUACCUGUACAUUGGAGGCCCUCUUCUGGCCGGCGCCGCCAUUGUCGCCGUCUCUGGUCUCGCACCUCUGGUCAUUCCCGCUACUGCUGCUCGGACCCUUGCUCUGACUGAGAACAUCUGGCUCUACGGCGGUCUUGCCGUGUUCGGCGGCUUCACCUUGUACGACGUCCAGAAGGUGCUGUACCAUGCUCGCCUGGCUGAGCGGGGAGUCAUCAAGAAGGACCCCGUCAACGAGAGCAUUUCUCUCGAGCUGGACUUCCUCAACAUCUUCAUCAGGAUGGUCCAGAUCCUGAUGCUGCAGCAGAACAGGAGAAAGUAA